AUGGUUGCUAGACAUGGUCCAGGAUUUAAGCCACCUACUUAUCAUGAAGUACGAGUGAAAUAUCUAAAGAAAGAGGUGGAACUAACACACGAGUUGUUAAGAGAUUUUAAGAUAGAAUGGAGAAAAACAGUCCUAAAGGAACAUUUGUUUUUAACUUCCAUUGACACUUCUGACAUUUCUAAGACAGCGGAUAAGAUAUUUCAAAUGUUAGAUGCAAUUGUAGAAGAAGUUGGAGAAGAGAAUGUUGUUCAAAUAGUUAGUGACAAUGCUGCUAAUUACAAAUUAGCUGGUGAAUUGUUGAUGGAAAAAAGAAAAAGGUUAUAUUGGACUCCUUGUGCUGCCCAUUGUAUUGAUCUCAUGUUAGAAGAUUUUGAGAAAAAAAUACAUGUUCAUACCUUGACAAUUCAGAGUGCCAAAAGCAUAACAAGUUCAAGAAAUUGGAAAUCAAGUUCAUUCUCGAGUACGGUUGAUGGAAAGAAAAUUGAGGCAAUGGUUAUUGGUAGUCGAUUAUGGUCAAAUAUAAUUACAUGUCUCAAAGUUGCGAGACCUCUAAUUAAAGUACUUAGAAUGGUGGAUUCAGAUGUGAAGCCUGCCAUGGGUUUUAUUUAUGAACAAAUGGAUGAAGCUAAAGAAAAGAUUAGAGUCAACUUCAACAAUAUAAAGAGAAAUUAUGAACUUAUUUGGAAGAUCAUUGAUGAACGAUGGGCAAUUCAACUCCACAAACCCUUACAUGCUGCUGGUUAUUAUCUAAAUCCUCAAUAUCAUUAUAGUUGUGAUUUUAAAUCUAAUUUUCAGAUUAAAAAGGGUUUAUAUAGUUGUAUUGAAAGGAUGAUAACGGAUGAAAAUAUGAUAAGUAAGAUAGAUAGUCAGCUUGAAUCAUUUAAAAAUGCAAGAGGAUUAUUUGGUUCUAAAUUUGCAAAAAUGGCAAUAAGCACAAAGUCUCCAGCUGAAUGGUGGGAUUCUUAUGGUGAUGAAUGUCCAGAGCUACAAAUGUUUGCUAUUAGAAUACUUAGUCUUACUUGCAGUUCAUCUGGAUGUGAACGGAAUUGGAGUGCAUUUGAAAUGGUGCAUACAAAGCGUAGAAAUUGUCUACAUCAACAAAAAAUGAAUGACUUGGUAUUUGUCAUGUACAACAUGAAGUUAAAUGACACGCAAGUAUUAAGAAAAUACGUUGAAGAUGUUUCUUCUGAUGAUGAGUGGAUAACUGAAGAAAAUGAUGCGUAUAAUUCAUCGUCAUCUCAAACACGUUUAUUUAUAGAUAGUACUGAAUCUAGAGAAAACGAAGAAGAAAUAUGCGAGGAAGAUGGUGAAAAAGAAGGAGUAGAAAGAGAUGAUGAUGAUGAAGUUGAUGAUGAUGUUGAAGUUGAUGAUGCUAUGGAUGAUUUAGACAAUUUUGAUGUUAACAAUGAGAUAAAUGUUGAUGAUUUAAUUUCUUGA